AUGGCGGUCAUCGCGUCGCGGGUGACGGGCGAGAAGACCGACGAGCACGGGCUGCCGGCGAUUUCCAUCGCGCUGUGCAUCCUGACGCUGUUCGUGCUUAUCUGCUUCAUCAUCUUCCGCUGCCGCAAGUGGUCGGCCAACGAGGGCCCCGACGCAGCCCCCUACGUGCUCGCUCCCGCGGACCAGGCCGCUGUCGUGGUCCUGCCUCUCCGCGAGCGCCGCGCACACCCCACAAACCCCGUCCUGCCCGUAUCUGCCCUGGACGAAGUCCCCGUCAUCAAAUACGGCGCCCGACAAGCCCAGCUCGACAAAUUUGCCGUGUGGCACGCGGACCGUUCCGACGAUGAAGAGGAUGACGACGACGACGACGAGAAUGGCGGCACGAAUCCCGCAUCCCGCAAGGCGGCGAAAUCAGAACCCCCACCGAAAUCCCAGGCCAAAGACCUCGACCUCGACCUUGAGAGCGCCUGCUGCGCCGUGUGCACCGACGGCUUCGGCGCCGACGACGACGUGCGCGUGCUGCCGUGUCGCCACACGUUCCACCAGGCCUGCAUCGACCCGUGGCUGCUGAACAAGGCCGCGACCUGUCCGAUCUGCAGAAUAGAUCUCUGCAGAAUGCUCAAGGUGGCGCCGGCCAUGACGACACCUGAUAAUCAUGCGGCGGCCGACUACUACGACGCACAGCACCCGCAGCCCAUCGAGAUCGCGUCGUGGCCGCCCGGCAUCGUCCUGCCGCGCCGCGCGCCGCGUCCUGCCGUUGCUGUCGCAGCCGAUUUCCAGGAGGCCGCCAUGGCGGUGCCGGAGCGUCCGCGGCCUGUGCAUCUUCAGCUUUAG